AUGCUCUUGGGAAGUUCUUCAUCCGUUUGUGUCUCGGUCUCUGAAAGAGUGAAGCUUGUCCCUUCUCUGUCUUCCUCUGGACCCUUUGUCAACCCUGUGAAUAGUGUCAGAUUCUCCAAGAGAAAUGGGGGUUGUGGGGUUGUGGCUAAGACCUCCAAGGAGGCUCUAAACCAACCCCUUUUGAAUAUAGUGUUUGAACCAUUUGAGGAAGUGAAAAAAGAGCUUCUUGUCAUCCCCACAACCCUCCAUGCAUCACUGGCUCGCCAGAAGUACACUGAUCAGUCUGAGGCAGCACUCAAUGCACAGAUCAACGUGGAAUACAAUGUCUCCUACGUGUAUCAUGCCAUGUAUGGCUACUUCGACAGAGAUAAUGUUGCUCUGAAGGGAUUGGCCAAAUUUUUCAAAGAAGCAAGUAUGGAGGAAAGACAACAUGCUGAGAUGAUGAUGGAAUAUCAGGCAUGCUUCUAUAUCUCUGAUUCAUAUAUUCCAUAG